GCGCAAGGGGCGGGGCGGGCCGCCGCCGACCGUGUUUCCGCCGCCGUCGGCUGCUGCGCGUUGGGCGGGGGAGGAGUCGGAGGCGGAGAAGAAGGCGGCGGCGGCGGCGGGUGGAGGACCGAGCGCCGUCCUCGCUCCGGAGCCGCUUCUCAGCUCGGAAUCUUCUGCAGCUUAUCCAUUGUGUGAGUAAAAACUAAAUCACAUCCAUAAUUCCACUGAACUGGGCACACGGAAACUGCCAUAUAUGUCACAGUACAUUGAAAAAGAGCCAGCAGCAAUGGAUCAAGACUCUAGCAAGGCUGCCUGGCCGAAACCAGCAGGUGGAUAUCAGACAAUCACAGGCAGGAGAUAUGGCAGAAGACAUGCAUAUGUCAGUUUCAAACCAUGUAUGACCAGGCAUGAAAGAAGCUUAGGUCGGGCUGGCGAUGACUAUGAAGUGUUGGAGCUGGAUGAUGUUCCAAGAGCCAGUUCCUCAGGUUCCAGUCCACUGGAUCAAGUUCAUUCUUCUGUACCCAGUGACCCUUUAUUUGAAAAAAGUGAAGCAGAAAUUCCCAUUUGUGAUACAGCAUUGAACCAAACCAUUGCGAGCACUCCAUCCUUUGCUGCAGUGCGUCAUAGCGAGGAAGGCAGGGAGCCCUUAGGGAGCAGCACAGAUCUGCACAGUCACUCUGAGGGAGAGUGUACUCCAGGAGUCUGUAAUGCUUCAGGCGUCCAGCAUGGAGUUACAUUGGCUCAUACUGACUCUUACGACCCAGACGGCAGACACGGAGAGGAUAAUGGCCAUCUUCAGCUCUCUGCAGGCGUUGUGGAAGGUGGCAGCUAUCAGGCAGCACUGGGUGAUACGGUAUUUGAGCUGGAAAAUGGAGAGGCAGAGGCAUACACUGGUCUCUCACCAACAGCUCCCUCUUUCAACUGUGAAUUAAGAGAUGCGUUUGGAGAGGUAGAUUCAGCACCUUUAGUGGAAAGAUCUACUUAUAAUACUGAGUUUGUCAAUCAGAACAAUCAGGAAUUUCAGACGUCCUCUUCUGAAGAUGAAGUGGUUAGAAAGAAACAACAAAAUAAUACUAGCCAGGAGAGACAAAGAGAAAAUUCAACUGAAGAUUCAGCCUGUGCUCCCAGGCAUAUUUGCAGUGAACAAAACGCCAGUGAUAAGGGCAAAAACCAGGGCAAUUCUCUUGAGCAGGUGGUGAGGCCCAAAGUUAGGAAAGUGAUAAGUUCAAGCCAGGUGGACCCAGAAUCAGGUUUGAAUAGGCAUGAGGCCAAACAAAAAAGUGUUCAGAGGUGGAGAGAGGCUUUGGAAGUUGAGGAAAAUGGCUCAGAUGACCUCUUAAUAAAAUGCGAUGAGUAUGAUGGAGAACAUGACUGUAUGUUCUUGGAUCUGCCUUUCGCAAGAGUCACGCAGAGGGACACAGAGGAUCGCCAGCUAGCAGCGGAAGGCGGAGCCCCAGCAAGGCAAGGGGCUGUGGAGAGCACGUUUUGGAAUGGCUGUGGGGAUUAUUACCAACUGUAUGACAAAGAUGAAGACAGUUCAGAAUGCAGUGAUGGAGAAUGGUCUGCUUCUUUGCCUCAUCGAUUUUCUGGUACAGAAAAAGAUCAGUCCUCAAGCGAUGAAAGCUGGGAGACUCUGCCAGGGAAAGAUGAGAACGAGCCUGAGCUGCAGAGCGACAGCAGUGGUCCCGAAGCAGAGAGCCAGGAGCUGUCUCUUCAGGAAGGGGAACAAACAUCCCUGGAAGAGGGAGAAAUUCCUUGGUUACAGUAUAAUGAAGUCAAUGAAAGCAGCAGUGAUGAAGGGAAUGAGCCCGCUAACGAAUUUGCACAGCCAGAAGCUUUCAUGUUGGAUGGUAACAAUAACCUUGAGGAUGACUCCAGUGUGAGUGAAGACUUGGAUGUGGACUGGAGAAAAAUGGCAGACAAUAGUACAGAAAAUUCCCAUAUACCUUUCACUAAGAUUCUCUUGUUUGAUGGCUUCGCAGAUGGACUCGGAGUUGCUGAAGCUAUUUCUUACGUGGAUCCUCAGUUCCUCACUUACAUGGCGCUGGAAGAGCGCUUAGCCCAGGCUAUGGAGACUGCCCUGGCACACUUAGAGUCUCUUGCAGUUGAUGUUGAAGUGGCCAAUCCACCAGCCAGUAAGGAGAGCAUUGAUGGUCUUCCAGAGACCCUUGUUCUUGAGGAUCACACUGCUAUUGGGCAGGAGCAGUGCUGUCCGAUCUGCUGCAGUGAGUAUAUUAAGGAUGACAUAGCAACAGAGUUACCCUGUCACCAUUUCUUUCACAAACCUUGUGUCUCAAUUUGGCUACAAAAGUCCGGGACCUGCCCCGUGUGCCGCCGUCACUUCCCGCCCGCUGUGAUGGAGACGCCCGCAGCUGCUUCCGCUGAGCCUGAUCGUGACGCGCCCCCUGCAGGUGGCCGUGCUGCGGAGGCCCCCUAAGCCUUCCCACUCGCGCGAGAUCAGUCUAUCAAAGUAAAUCUGCAGAUUCCUUCUUGAUCCGAUGUGCAAAUAAUUAUAUAUAAAUAUAUUAAAAAUGCUAUAUAUAGUCUAUGCCAUAGUUUAGAAAGAGAAUAUUAACCUUUCUAAACUUAAGUUUAGGUUUGCAGAAAGUACUAAACGUUUUCAAGCUGAAUGUUGAAGUAGUGCAUCCAUUUUCUUUAGUUUAACAUGUUAUUAAUUGUAAAGUCAAGCUUAUCAGUUAAUUCUCUCCAGAAGAAAUAAUCAUCUGUGUGGCACACGUUGUUGAUUUUGUCUGGAGUACUGCCACUAAGUGAUUAUAAUUAAGCUUUCCUAUUUGCAUCAAAUGUGAAGAUUGCGAUUACGACAGUAGUAAAAUUGGGUUUCGUUGGAAAUAAAAAGGAAUUAUAAAGCAUGCUUUUUCUUUGGUCCCUUUGCUUCAUCAAAACCUCUUGGUUGGUAAUACUGAGUGGUUUUGUAAGAAGGUAUAUAUUCUUUCAAAUUAAGACUUUUUAGAAUGCCAAACAAAACUUCUAGCUAGAGUAUCACAAAAUGUUUAUAUCUUAAUUGUAGUCUCCUUGAAAUGGUUAGGUAGAAAAUUAUUAUAUUUGAACUGGCGGAUGUGUGUAAAGUAAAGUUAGUAAAGAAAAGUACUGAUCUCCUGUGGUCGGUGCUUGGUGCAGUGAGACUACUUAGAUGGCCUUACGAGAUCCUUCUGUUUGUCUAAAGUUACACUUGAAGGUCCAGAACACUCAUGGCACAUUUGUGUAAUAAAUACUGGAUAGAGUUAAAGGUGAUUUUCACUCUGUAAUAUUUUGGAAAGUCUGAAAAAAAAAGUAUGAAGGGUUUUAAAACACUCAUUCUGUUGUAUCCCAAAGGAAAAUCUGAAUCCUUAAAAAAACUAGAAAGUUAAUUGUACUAUCUUGUAUAAAGCAUCAAAUUGAUGGAGUACAGGACAGAUUUGACCACACCUUUUUACAACAUAUCUAAACCUUCCUGUGUUACAAUUUAUUAUUUUAAAGUAUUGCUGGACAGAGAUUAUUCAUAUUACAUUAUCAGCCUUUGUUUAUCUGCACUAAUAUAUUUUGGUAAAACUAUUCACCCAGAAUUAAAAUAGUGUCAAAUGAAGCUGUAGAUGAAAAAGGAAUAGAUUGUAUGAUUCCCUAGUAACUGUGUGAACAGAACUGAACAGGUAACACAGCUCUGGUGUUAAUUUCCUUACCAUAAAAGGAAAGAUGCUGACCUCAAAUUUAACCUCUGAAAGAGACCUGUUCACAAGCUUUUACACAAGAGAGGAAAUCAGCUUUCCUCACAUUUUUUUUUUUUUAAUGGGAAACCUGACCACAGAGUCAUCUCUGUAAUUAUGAAACCAAACUAAGACUGCACAGCUUUCUGUUUAGGUCGUCCUACCCAGUAGGCAAGUAUAUAUCAACGUGGACAUGAUAUUUAACUUAGGGAUGCUUUAGAUACCAAGACCGGAGAAUGGUGAUGGGUCUUAGAAUGCCACAUUUGAGCAAGUAAAAUAGUAAAGCACAUAGUGAGUGUACAUCCAUCAAAGUAGUACAUUGAUAAUUUAGUUUGGACACUAAAACAGGAAUGUUUAUAUGGCUUCCCAAAUGCAAAGUUUGCGUUUUAUUUGUGUAAUUUCUCUGAGUAUUUAUAUUCCAUUUCUUUUCUCCAUUCUUAAAUGAAUUUUCACUGUUGGCACAUUUGAGGCUUAAAUAUAAGGAACACAAAACUUGCAUUCUAAUUUUUGCAUAUAUUGUAAAUGUGUCUGGUAUUUACAGCAAAAUACUGUGUAUCCUUUUAUGGGUAAAACAAAACUGAACAUUGCAUGCAUGUAAUGUGGUGACUUUGUAAUUUAGAGGUUCUUCGGGGCAUCUGUGACUUUGGAAAUGCUUACAUUCAGCCUUAAUGUUGCAUUAGGUAGCAUGUUUUCCUUCUGAUGUAUAUAGUCACUGUUGUAUAAACUAAUCUUUGCUUGUUUUCUACUCCGUGAUCUUUCCAUACCAUAUUUCAUUGAUAAUCAGUUAGUGUCAGGGGUCAAAUCAGAUUAAGGUUAAUUCUCAUGUGUAUAUUGUGGAAAUUUGUGGUUAGUGUGAUUUUUGUUGUUGUUGUUUGUUUCCUUUAAGUAAUAAUGAUCAGUUGUGACACUUACUGGUUAAACUGACGUUGUUACAGGUUUUCUCUGUAAUAAGCCACACAUUAUAUUUAGGCAGUAUAAUGGGACCUUGGUUUUCUUCUAGAUAGCAGCUGUCAGAAAGAAAAUAUUUCUUCUUUGCCUAUUAAGAUUUAGCUAUUAUCUGCCAGUUGUUAAGAGGUUUUGGUUCCAAAUUCAACCAGCAGUGUUGAGAGCUGAACUUAGGAUAGCUGUUGUACUUUUUGCUUUCCAUCUGUUUCCGCCCUUCAUUCUUGGCUCCCUACUAUCUAUAAACAUCUGCUGUGAAGGAGAAAAGUUCAGUAAGAGUUGGCUUAAAAAUUCUGUAAGAAAGAAAAUUGAGGUUUUAGAAUUGUCAUUGUAAUAAGCUGAUAUAAUCUGAGGCUGACAAGGCAACUAAAUUUUAAAAAUUUAGAAUAAGUAAAGAAUAUAUGAUGGUAAAUUAGAAGUAUUAGUAUUAAUUAAAAUAUUGUUUCUCUUAUUUCUCUAUGUUAAGUGACGUGACCUAAUAAUUUUAUUAUUUUUUAAACGUUUUCUUCUUUCUUGUAAUAUGAAUGCUGAUAUUUAAAGGUAAAUCUAUGUGGUUUUCUUUUGUGUUUCUUGUUUAUCUCUAAGCUAACUAAGUCUUUAAGAUUAUUUGUGAUCUGGAUUUAUAUAUAAGCUGUUAAAUAUAUGUGAACUGUUAAAAUGGAAUGCAAGCUUUUCAAAAGCCCAGGUCUAAAUGUAAUGAUUGGUUUAUUGUUCUACAACCCCAGACCAUCAUUUUUCGUGUAAAUCAUAAACAAUAAACAGGAUAUACUCAGUGGUCAUUUCUAAUAUUUAA